AUGGCAUACCGAUCUGAUCUAGAAAAUUUGGAUGAAGAUGGAUAUACUCAAUUACAGUUCAGCUCGAGAGGCAUCACCAGGAGACCUGUGUCCUCAGAGAAAGGACCUUGUGCUGCAUCUCUUUCUUGGCGUUCCAUUGCUGUGACUUUGGGAAUCCUAUGCUUGGUAAUACUAGUGAUAGCCAUAGUCCUGGGUACUAUGGGUAUUUGGAGAUCCAAUUCUGGAAGCAACUCAUUGAAGAAUGACAAUUUUCCAUCAAGAAAUAAAGAGAACCACAAUCAACCCACACAAUCAUCUUUAGAAGAGACUGUGGAUUCUCCCAAGGCUCUCACAACCACAGGAGUUCUUUCUAGCUCUUGUCCCCCUAACUGGAUUGCACACGAGAGUAGCUGUUACCUUUUUGGCACAUCAUUGAAUUCUUGGAAUGAAAAUAAAAGACAGUGCUCUCAACUGGAUUCUUAUCUCCUGAAGAUAGAUAGUUCAAAAGAAUUGGAAUUUAUAACAAAGCAAGUGUCUUCCCAACCUGAUAACUCAUUUUGGAUAGGGCUCUCUCGUGCUCAGGCUGAAGGACCCUGGCUCUGGGAGGAUGGCUCAAAGUUCUCUCCUAACUUGUUUCAAAUCAGAAGCACAGUUACCCAGGAAAACUCAUCCCACAAUUGUGUAUGGAUUCACGUGUCAAUAAUUUAUGACCAGCAUUGUAAUAUGCCCUCAUAUGGUAUUUGUGAGAAGAAGUUGGUAAAAUAA